GCAGCGGGGCUGGCAGCGGGGCGGGCUGGGCGUGACCAGAGCGUGACCAGAGCGCGGGGCCUCGCCGGGCCCCUGACCCGCCCCGGGAUCGCACCUGCCCGCGCCGCGCCCUCGGCUCCCGCGCGGGGGAUUUCCUGGACACCUCCUCCGGGGAAGUGAAAGCGAAAGGGGCCCAGACCGCGGGGCUCCGGGACCCGAGAUCGCCGCCAUGCAGCCCGUGCUCCUGCUCCUCGCCGCGGCCGUGGGCUGCGCGCCCGUCGCGGCGGGACUCGCCGCGCUCGACUGCUGGUUCGUGCAGGACGGGGGCCGCGGCAGCCUGAACAAGAACCCCGCAGUCCUGCUGCUGCGCCCGGGCGCGGGGCCCGCGCCGCCCCGGCCCGACCUCGGCCCCGAGUGCUACCUGCAGGUGCAUGACCCCGCCGGCGCCCUGCGGGCCGCUUUCCAGCGCACCCCCCGGGACGCGCCCGCGCCGCACUGCGAGAUGAGCCACUACGUGCCGCUGCCCGCCUCUGCGCCCUGGGCCAGCGGCCUGAGCCCCGAGCCGAGCUGCCCGCGGGCGCUGGACGGUACUUGGUACUUGGUGAGCGUCACCAGCCCGCUGCUUAGCCUGUCCAUCCUCAUGAGGCAGCAGCCCGGACAGUCGCCGGAGCCGGGGCUCGUCACCAUGGUCACAGCUGUGCUGACUGUCUUCUCCCACACCCCCAACUCUCGAGUUCGCCUGGGACAAGAUGCAGUGCUGGACCUGAGCUUUGCAUACGCACCGCCACCCACGGUCGGGGCCCCGACGGCUCCAGGGGCCCCUCCCUUUGGGCUGGAGUGGCGGCGCCAGCACCAGGGCAAGGGACACCUGGUCCUGGCCGCCACUCCUGGGCUGCAGGGGUCGCUGCCCAGAGCCCAGGAUGGGGCGGUGACCUUUGCUGCUUGGGAUGAUGACGAGCUGUGGGGCCCGUGGACCGGAAACGGGACUUUCGUGCUGCCUGCAAUUCAUCCCUCCCAGGAGGGCUCCUACCUGGCCACUGUCCAUCUGCCCUACCUGCAGGGACAGGUCACCCUGGAUCUCGCAGUGCAGAAACCCCCCACCGUGUCUCUGAUGCCAGCACCUCUUGUGUGGGCUGCCCCCGGGGAGGCCCCCCCGGAGCUGGUCUGCCUGGUCUCCCAGUUCUACCCGCCCGAGGGGCUGGAAGUGGAGUGGGAGCUCCGGGGCGGCCCUGGGGGCGCCUUCCAAAAGGCGGAGGGACAGCGGUGGCUCUCGGCGCUGCGCCACCACGCCGAUGGCUCCGUCAGCCUCUCCGGACACCUGCAGCCACCCCCGGUCACCCUCGAGCAGCACGGGGCCCGCUACGCCUGCCGUGUCCGCCACCGCACCCUGCCAGCCUUCGGGCGUAGUGCGGCGGUGACACUGGAGGUGGCAGGUGUCUCUGGGCCCUCCCUGGAGGACGGCGUUGGCCUCUUCCUGUCUGCCUUUCUCCUCCUUGGACUGCUGAAGGCGCUGGGCUGGGUUGUUGCCUACCUGACUGGUCCCAAGACGGAUUUGAAGGAGGAGAAAGAGAAAACAAAGUGAAGGCCACCAUUCUGGGGAAGCCAACAUGAUUUUUAGCCUGAGCUACCGGAACGGCCCCCAGACAGUACUGCCUGCCUGCUCCUAGGAGCUCCCCUGGAUUGCUCUCCACCGAUUGAAUUUUUUUUUUUUUUAAUCAGAGGCUGGGUGGAGGAAUGGGGAGUUUGUGUUUGUGUGUGUGUGUGUGUGUGCGUGUGUGUGUUCUGUUUUUGGCCCACAUCCAGUGAUGCUCAGAGGUCAUUCCUGGCUGUGCACUCAGGAAUUACCAGAGAUCAAAUCAAAUCCGGUUGACCAUUUGCAAGGCAAGUGCCUUAUCCGCUGUACUACUGCUCUGGGGGGAGGGGUGGUGUGUGUGUGUGUGUGUGUGUGUGUGUGUGUGGUGUGUGUGUGUGUGUGUGUGUGUGUGUGUGUGUGUGUGUGUGUCUGAGCUUCCCUCCCUCCCUGGGAUACUUUUUGAAAGACAGAAAUCUGCAUCUUUCAUCUUAAAGUUCUAGGACAGUAAUUAAAAAAAAUUCUUUUUGUUUUAAAUCUCUAUAAUUUCUAACAAAUUAUAAAGGACCUCUGAGAGGUUUUGCUUAGGUAGGUUAUAACUAGAUAUUUAUUGUACUGGAAUUUGAAACUGAAGCAGUAUCUAGGGCACAUAUUCUGAGAACAGUGAUGUCAGUAUAUAGAUAACGGAGCUAGGUAACGCUGUUUGGAAGUGUGAAAAGGGCCAGGGACAUCUUAAGAGGGUGAUGAAAAUAGUCCUAACCUGGGCUCCCCCCUGAUAUAGGGACCACUGUUGGUCUGGCUCACAUUUGGGAAAACAGGUGCUCCCUAAUAAAUACUCCUUUUUGCCACUGA